GGAAGGACGCUGCGGAGGCUCUCGCUGUUAGAAAGUUUUUAAAGUAGUCUUAAGCAGGAGGCAGAGUCAAAUUAGCCUGACAUUCUUAAAAUAAAUAAAUACAAACAGGCGGUCAUGUUUUCGAAGCUAACGCCGGAGGAGCCGGUUUCACGGAUGUGGACAGCAGCGGGACGCGACAGUAGCUGUGUCUUCUCAGAGCUGCGGGAGUUAGAGCGGGAAGAGAAAGAGCUCAAAGCGAAGUACGAGGAAUGCAAACAGGUGUUGGAGAGUUUGCAGCAGCGUGAAAAGGAGCUUCACAGGAACAAGAAGAAAAUGCAGGCGCUACACUUAAGCUUUGACAUGUAUAACAAGGAUGAAGAAUCUGCUCGAGUAAUCGAGAAAGAGAGAAAAAGUGUGCUUCAAAAAGAGGCAGAGAUCAGGAGGCUCAAGGGGGAGUGUGCCACUCUGACUGGGGAGAAACGGGAGCUCGAGCAUCAGGUGCAGAGACUCUCUGUAUAUAGAGACUUCAUGGAGCAGCUUCUCAAAAUAACUAAGUUUGAAGAUGUGGCGGAGCUCACGGGUCAUAUAGAAAGUCUUCUCCACUUCAAAUGCCAACUCUGUGAGAGGGAGAGUAAGGCGCAGGAGCAGGUUAUCGAGCAUAGGAAAACGCUGCUGGAACUGGAGGAACAGCACAACCUGCUGUUGCUGCAGAGGAACAACCAGGUGUCUCGGCUUCAGACCGAGCUGGAGAAAACUCGCUCUGAAGGUCUAAUAUGGGAGAGGAAAUGGAGUCAUAUUCAGGAAACAGCUGCAAAGAAAACACUGAAACUGGGACAGAUUAAGAUGGCAACUCUAAACCUGUAUGAAAUGAUGGGUGGCCAAGUAGGAGGAGAGGAAGGUGUGGAUGUGAAUGAAACAGAGAAACAGCUGGAGCAGAUCAAGGAGUUCAUCGAGGACCAAACUGAGAUAGUGAAACAACAUCGAUCUUCCUUACAAAAGCAGCAGUCAGAGAGGACACAGAUCAAAAAGCCCACACUGAAUAAAGAACUGUGAACAGACUGUCUGUUUUUUAUUAAAUGACUUU